AUGCCCAAUACUGUUAACAUUGAGCGCCACAAGUUGAACCAAGCAAUGUAUCAGAAGCUAAAGCGCUAUAUUAUGAGCAAACGAAAGCGUGAGCUAGAAGAAAAGGCGCAAGACGACCACUUCAAAAAACUUAGACGAGAACGAGAGGAGCGUAAGCUGCAGGCUGAGUUUGAUGCGGAGGACCUUGAAAAGACACGCGGAGAGGCUACUCGAGCGAAGAUAAAGGAAUUGACAGCCCGUAGAAACGAGCUAUUUCAGCGUUGGAAGCAACUAGGAAGUGAAGAAUCCAGCUUGAAGGAAAAACAGCGACACGAAACUCUGGCCUUGCUUGCAGGUAUGCCAGCCACUCAGUUUGGUCUGAACUCUACCAGCUUGGGUAAUGCUACCCGAGGUGCCAUGUCCAAUAAUGCACCCCGUGCACAAACUCCUGCUCACAUCCAGACUGCUCCGUUAACACACCUGCCGCAGAACAAACAGUUUGGUAUCGGGGCUGGCAUCAUGGGACCUUGUGUUAACUUACCUGCACAACACCUUCUACACGCACAUUAUUCGAACGCUGUGACACGUGAAUCAACGUCUCCACACCGUGGAGUUCAAAAUGCCGCUGUCUAUUCCUCUGCGACAAAGCCCAGCCAAGUUCCGGUAUCGGUCAGCAGCGCUUUGUCAUCGGGAGUUGCAUCACUACCGUGCACGACGUUGGCAAAUAAUCAUGCUGCAGCUGUAGCAGCUGUAGCUGCAGCGCUUGCUGCUCAGCAGCGCACAGGCGCCGCAACAGAUUCGAUAUUUGCAAACACAGCUGCGGCAGCUGCCUAUCUGAACGCGAUUGUCUCGUUGACAUCUACCCCGCCAACUUCGGUGUCAUCGUUGGCGAACGCACCGCUCGGCGUACUGAACCCUAAUUCAGUGGGAUUCAACGAAGCGCUUGCUGCUCUCGCCGCCUCAGGAUUUUAUUCCCUCCCGUCACUCCCACCAACCUCAUCAGCAAACAUUGCUCACGGCAUUUCGUCAGGUCGUAAUGCGUCCCCAACCAGUGGAACUAACCCCGACGGGUCCUUCCCGAAAAACGGAAGGGCAUCACAAGCCACAGUCGCUGCGGUUGCUGCCUUAGCACAGCAAACGAUUGGAUUGUCGAAAGGAUUUCCGACUGGGCAGCGUCAUUCUACAGCAGGUGCUUUAGAUACACCAGUAUCCACACCCCCAAACACAACAACAACCAUAUCCGCAGCGGCCACCAGUACAUCCCUGCCGCCUGCACCUAUUAGCUACCGAGGUAGCAUCACAACUGGCCAGUCGGCACAACAGAUACAGAUGCAACAACAGCAACAACACCAACAGCAAACACAACAAAACAGCAGCACUGGUCAGUCGGCACAACAGAUACAGAUGCAACAACAGCAACAACAACACCAACAGCAAACGCAACAGAAACAGCAGCAGCAGUUGUUGUCCAAGUUCACAAUGGCAUCAGAGUACACGUCGAUGCGCACGCCCAGCUCCGUCCAAUCGAGUGACGGGACUCCAGGCGCCGGUGGGACGAGAGCGGGUCUGAAUGCCAGUCGCCUGACAGAUGCUGCUGCCUUCAUGGCCUCUAUCGGUGUAACUUCUUCCUCCGCUCUGAUCAAUGCCGCUGUUCUCCAAUCAGGGUUUCCCUCAACAACAUCCUCUGGCUCAGGUGGACUUCCGGCUUCACACUCUCCGGUUGCACUAACGGCCGUGUUGGCUCCGUACAGCACUGACAUGAAUCCGUUCAAUUAUCUGAACACCGCAACCAUUGCGGCAUCGCUUCAACAACAGCAACAAUUACAAAAAAUGAACAUUCCCGCCAGUUCCUCUCCUCACCCUCGGGCCAGUCCAGCGUCUUCAUCAGGGACUCCAUCGGCGAACCCUCCGUCCACCACAAGACAUUUCUUCUGAGUUUCGCGCCAAUGGCCGAUCGCAUUUUUGAGCUUCGCCCGGUCAGUUCCGUCACAGUUAGGACAAACAACUGUCCUUCAGCAGUUGUUCUUAUUCCGUUUGACUUUUCUUGUGCUUCUUUUAUUAUAAGAAAGAACAAUACGUGCAUUUUGUGAACGCUUUUAAUCUGUAUUGAUGCGGCUAAUAUAAUGUGAACGAUCCU